AUACAUAUAUGAGUAACAAUAAUUACAAGCAGUAGUAUGUGUACUGUAUUAGCUGUCAAAUGAUAAUAGCAGAGUGAAUAAAAAAAACAGACGAUUGUCCAGAUUCUAAACACAAUAAUGUGACAGUUGAAUAAUUAAAAUAAUUAAUUGUAAAAUGUAUAAUUAUUAUUUGUUAAUAUUUAUUUAUAUUGUAAAUACGUCUUCAGGAUCUCCAAGAGUCCUUAAGUAUGAACUUAAUCCAGGAUGCGGGAAAGUGUGCGAUGAACGAAACUCGACGACUUUUCACUUGAGAGCCGAAGGUUCUAAUGAUACUUUGCAUUACUUAUGGGAUUUUGUCGGUAAUCCAUCAGUACUUUUAGCAGUUACUUCAAAAACAGCUAAAUUGAAUAUUGACUGGGAUAAAUAUUUAACUAGACAACCAAAAUCUAUUAAUUUUACUGAAGAUCCUUUUUAUACAUUUGGUGUAACAAUUCAGAAGAUUAUUGAAUUCAAUGAUUUGAAUGAUAAAGGAUCGAUAGAUAACAUAAAUGAUAGUAAUAUAAAUAUAUUGAAUCCAGUUUAUUUCAAUUGGACACGAAAAAGUAAAAAGCAGAGUAAUGGGUUUGUAGAAUUAGAUAUGUCAGGACAUAAUUAUGUUGAUCCUGAAUUAAAUAUAUCAAGAGCGGGAGAGAUUGAAAUUAUUUUAAAUGGGUUUUGUACGUUGGAACACUCGGAUGUCGUUCCGCACAUGCUGCACUCGGAAAAUUCAACGCAAGUUGAUUUUAUAAUAAAUCACUUUCGCGGAAAUUCGUCCUUCGAAAAAAGUAGAUUUGGACUGGAGCUCAUGAUCGUCAGCGUUGGAGAUCCCAGUUCGACUAUGAUGAUUGACACGAAAAAAAGUUUGGAUGACGAAUACACUCCGGGAAUAUUCGAGACCGUCGAAAUGAAAACUCCGGAAUUAAAUACUGAGAGGAAAAAAAGUGAGUCCGGUUAUUUACAGUGGAGACCAGUCUCAUAUUUAUCAUCACAUCGGGAUGUUACCAGUUCGACAGAAACAAUUCAUUACAAUUUAGUAAACUGCUCAAAUAUUUAUAAUAACUCACUUCUAUAUGCCUUCUAUGGUGACGAAAGCAAUAAUUUAUUAAUAAAUAAAAUAAAUGUCACUAUUGGUUCUUCUGGGGAUGGAUUUUACAAGAAAACAAAUUACGCUACUUGGACAUUCCUCGUUGGCUACGGAAAUCCACCAGGUGAACAGUUCUCAUACCUAGUGAUCUUGAUAAUAUCAAUAGGUGUUGGAUUACCAUUACUGAUAAUGUCAAUCGCUGCCAUUUAUACUUGCAUACGCAGAUUGCCAAGACGGGAGGCUAGUAGAUUAAUAAAUACGUAGUAAUUAAUUAUACUUCAAAAAAAAUAAUAAAUUAAGGAAUUUAUAUUUUUUAACCAUCGAAAUUAAUUUUAUAAAUGAUAUUAAACUAUCAUGACAUCUUUUGUAUAAUUACGUUAAAAGGCUGACGAAUGCAUUACUAUUAAAUUACGCAUUUAAAAAAUAAAUUUUACUAUUUAAAAAGAAAAA